UUUGGUGAUAUGAUUCAUAUGACUGUCGUGAAUCCCUUUAUGAACUCUGCUACCCAUCUUGAACUAGACUUGAGAAAAAAAAUCUGAUCAAGUCAUUGAGGAAUCUGGGACGUUAGCUGUUACAUUGUUAUUCUUUCAAUCAUUAAACUGUUGUCUCUGAAUGCUAAUAGACUUACUCUGCAUCAAGAGAAAGGUCUUAAUUGACUGAACAAAAAUAAAGUUUCACAUCCCAAUAAGGCUUUAUUUCUGCUUCAGAUAUCUACCUAAUUUUAACUAUGAAAUACUCCACAGUUUUUUAGGAUCUCAAGGCCUAUUCAUCCAUGUUCGACCAACCUUGGACCUGCAUUGUCAUCUCUGUUAGGUCAUACUGGAUCAACAUUUAAGAGUGUAUUAACCCUUGUUCUGCAUGAACUAAGUUGUCCGUUCAUAGAAAUCUGCUGGAAUUUAGAUAUUUAUCUCAAAAUCUAUUACUUUUAAAAGAUCGAUCAAUGUCCUCACCAACAUUGGCCUAUGAUUUAUGUUGUAGCCUGGCCAGUAAAUGAUUCUCCAAGUAUUGACACAUUAAAGACAUCGCCCUAACCGACACUGCUAGGGGUCAGACAGUUAUUAAAACUGACAAGUGACGUUGGCCUCAUCAGGAACUCAAUCCCUAAUCCCCCAACAUUGAACUGUUUCCAACGUCAUCCUCAAGUCCGCAUCUAGUUAGCUUAACCCGAUGACUCCAAGAUUCUCCUAAUCCAGUAGACUUAGCACAGGAACUACCAGGCUGGCAUAUAUGCAAUUGGCUGAAAAAGAGCAAUAUUAGGACUUUCUCAAGGAGAAAUCUUCAAGGAGAGGGAUGAAUUUGCACCCAAGACAUUGACCUGGUCCCAUAUUUUAGCCUCUUACUUCCUAUUCUACUGAAAGAUACCCCAAACGUUAAUGAGUUGUGCUCAAUUGGCCUUAGAACGAGGAGGAAACAACUAAUUUUCAUGAGUGCGGGAGGGUAUCGGCAGCUAUUUAUGAUCAUUACAGAGCAUCGGUAGAUUAGUUUCCACUGCUGCCCUCCUGUGUAUUGUUCCUAUAUAGAAUGGGUAUUCAGUGCGUGACAGCAACCAUGGUGCCUUCAUAGCUCAUAUCAUUAGUAGCAGGAAUAUAUAUCAACUGGGUAGCAACGAUAGACCCAGAGAAGUUCUCUCUGGGAUGACUUGCAGUAUGAUAUCUCAAGGAUCAUGUACAGGAAUAUCAUCAGUGCAGUGCCUGUCAUAGAAUAUUAACUCUUUACGUUGCCAAUACCCUUGGAUUGGAUUGUACAAUACAUACUGGUAUGGAAGAACUGAUUGUUUUGUUUUUACAGGCAGCUGCGUCCUUACUCAUAUUCUCAGGGAUUUGUUUUGUGGUAUACUGAUUCACUCUUAGCUGACAUCGCAGAGUGAACACCAAGGAUUUUUAGAAACACGUCUAUUCGAGUCGUCUACUAGAAAUAAACUGUUCAACCAGUUUAAGGUUCUUGAUGUUGUUGGCUACUGUCUGACCUUUAUCAAGAGGUUGCUUCCCGAUUCGCAUGACUAACCACUGUCAGGCAAUAUUUAAAUUUGAUUUUCUGCGAUCGAUAUUCGGACAAUGUGCCUUAUAACUUUGAGCUGUGUCAUCUUUCCUGUAAUAGCAAUCACCGUGCCCUUUGGGUCCCUUUUCAGUUAAUUUGAACUGCUGAAAGCAAAAGGAUCUCUCUGUAAAUGCUUGGAGUUUAGCGCAGUCCGGGUCCUAAACGUGACAGGAUAAAGCUGUUCGACUGCCAGGGACUUAAAGGGAUUAGUCAGCAGAUAAUCUAAUCCAAUGCCUGUGAGCGGAUUUAUCACAACGACAUCUAACAUGGUGUCUCGCCAUGAACAUGGUACCUCAACAUUGAUGAGACGGAAGAUCAAUGAUGCGUUCCGCAGGAAGCAUCACCACCAGAAGACGGAAGAUGACAGGAUAUCGGUGACCUCCGAAGGAAGUGAUUCCGAGGUCAAUGAGCAAAUUCUCAAGAAGCGCUUGACCUAUGUCCGCGCCAUGAGAUUACGUUCCUCAGUCUACUGUACGAUGCAGCCUCGAUGGGCCUUGCAGUACUCCAAACUCUACGAAUAUGCUGUCAUCGUCUCGCUGAAGAUCAACCCAGAGACAAGAAGAUAUGAGCCCUACGAAAUGAAGAGGUUCCCUCAUGAGGUGAGUGAUAGUCAAACAGACAAACUGCGAGCGAUCCCAGAGUUCUGCUUCCCUGACGCCUUCAAGUGGGCCCCAGUUGAACAGUACAACAGCGAGAGCUUCUGCUUCGUACUCACAAGCUCAGAUGGAUCAAGACUCUACGGUUACAACAGAAGAAUACUGCCUCCAGGUAAGGGUCCCAGGUUACCGGAGGUGGUGUGCGUGAUGAGUCCCAUCGGAUGCUAUCCCAUCUACAACCAGCUCCUUGAUGAGAUCGAGAUCAGGAGGAAACAUUCCAUGGCAGCCGUUGACAACUUGCUCAAGCUCUCACAAGACUGCCCUUUCCCAAGACCGGGAAGUCACGUAAAGGUAUCAACUCCGCCCAAUAAUAACAACUGGAAGAAGCACCAUAGCAGUCAACUAGAUCCCAAGCCUCUCAUACUUCAGAGACCUCAAGAUCAAAGAUUAGAACAUGUUGACUUUGAUACGUUGUUUAACUGUUUGAGUGUGAACAGGAUAGUACAGAUCUUUGCUUCAUUACUCCUAGAGAGGAGAGUUAUCAUGUGCUCAGGGAAAUUAAGUAAGCUAUCAAGAUGUUCUCAGGCAUUAGUGGGUCUCCUGUAUCCAUUCUCAUGGCAACACGUCUACGUACCGGUCCUACCGGAGAAACUGAUCGACAUGUGCUGUUCACCGACACCUUACAUCAUGGGAAUGCUCUCACUGUGUAUACCGAGGCUGGAAGAGAUGCCCCUUGAAGAGGUCCUGGUCGUUGAUCUCGAUGCUAGGGACUUCUACACCGUGGUUGGUGAUGAGGAAACUAUCCUGCCAAAGAAACUGUCAUUAGCCCUCGAGAGGGCGCUAAAGGUCUGCAGUAUGAGCAGUUGGGAGGGAGCCGACACUGAUGAUGAAUUAUCAGAAGACCAUGAAUCGAAAAAUAGAGCCAUCUCCGAGGCUUUCAUCCGGUUCUUUGUGGAGACCGUCGGUCACUACUCCAACCACUUCACCCAACAGUACGACGGCUCACAGAAGUUUGACCGGGAGAGUUUCGUCAAGGCGAUCUCGUCGAAGAGCGUGAGGAAUUUCCUGGAGGUCUUCAGCGAGACGCAGAUGUUCUCUCUCUUUAUCCAGGAGAAGGAGUCGGAGAGUGAGGGUAUCUCGCAAGGUAAAGGGCUGUUUGAGAGGAGAGUUAGAGAAUUCGAGAAUGAGUCGAAGAGCAACUCAAAGAACAUUGGUGCCAAGAUGAAGAAAUUCGGAAAGGCUGUCAAAGAAAUCAAAGAUUCAGGUCUGAAGCUGGCUGAAUCAGCGAAGAUCGCCCAGAAGCGAAUGAAACAGAACUUUGAGGAUAAAAUUUGACAUAUGGCUCCCGAAACCCCGUCCAAAGCGCCUCGGGAGCCACUGAAAUAUAAAGCAGUGCGUCGAGUGACGGGGCAUGACCUUCGACAUAUGGUCAUAUGAUAGGACGCAGUGACAAGUGAUCGUGACAUGAAGUCACACUAGCUAUGUUGCUCCACUGAGGAAGUGUCAGCAUCAGCUUCAAAGGAGAUGUUGUGCGAAAGUGAAUGGGGAAUAUAUGUUACCUUGAGGUACACCUAUGGCGCAUUCAACAUGUCCGCUCGAGAUGAAAAUAGCAGGAAUCUAAAAGGGGAAUUUGAGGUCUAGAAGUGAUGUUGAGAGAAAGCGGAUGAGGACUAUAUGUUGCCCUCUGGUACACCAGUAACCCAUGCACCUUGUCAAUUCAGCCUCAAAUGAAAAGGUUGGAGAAAGUAAAUGGGGAAUAUAUGUUGCCCUGGGAAACGCCAUGCAGCAUAUCAGCUCCUGAUGAAUAUUGCAGGAAUCAAAAUAAUCCAAGCCUCUGUCUCUGAUAUUUCUUUGGCGUAAAAUGACAAAGCUGUAAGAUGGAGACUAUACGUGCUCUUACUUGAAGGUUUAUGUUUCAUCACUCUGACAGAACUCCUUGCCUGACACAGACCUCAAGAUAGGCUACCGUGCUCUUCAGUGUACAAUCAAGAUUCAAGAGACAGUCUGGUAGUUCAUCUCAGCACAGCACACGAUGUUAAAGUCCAAGGUUUGAAUGUUCCAGCAUCCAAAGAUUUGCUAGUUGACUCUAAGCAUCUUAAAAGCCUUGUUCAUUCCAUCCGCUCUAUCUUCAUAUUUCUAGGAUUCCAAUUGAGCGUGAAAUACAAACCAUUCCAGAGGCUGUUUGAUGUCUCCAAGGUUCUGAAACAACCUCAAUGAUUCUUUAGAAUCAUGACCCUUGGAAUGACAUGGCUGAUCCUCUUCAACCAACAUUGUGCAGUUUCUUUUGACUUCACUGUAGUAAGCCGUGUUAGUUUAAUGUGGAUCAAGUGAUAGGUAGUCUCUUACUAGGUACUCUUGAAAGAUCAGAAGCUUUAACAGGCUGCAACUUCCUGCAAGCUUGCAGUUCAGCCUUCAAACUUAGGAGAUUAAAAAGCAGGGUUGGCAACUGAAGAAAGUUUGUAAAUUAGAUGUUCAGUAUGUGCAUUCUCAACCCCUAGGGUCUCCUUUAUUUUUAAGAAUCAGGGUGAUUCAUCAGGUAAAAUACUACCUGAAAUACAGAAACAACCAUUAAACUGACAAACAGGUGUAAAACGCACAUGUGCAGCAUCAUUAAUAUUUGCACAAAUUGUUACUCCUUGUAUGGUCAGGACAGGGAAUAUUUACAAGGCCUGGUCCUGAUGGUAGAAUCUCCCACCCUGGUUCCUUUUGAAGGUACCAAGAGACGUCCGAGGAAGGUUCUGUCGCAGCUUUCGGUGUGAAUCUCUCCGUGCGUUUUCAUGUGUAAUCCUUGAAUUUUCCCAUACACCAAAUGAUUGGGGGUCACGGAUAACCACAGUGAAAUCUUGCAUGCAGGGAAGGGUGGAUGCAACUUGGGUUAGGGAACCCAAGCUCCCUUCUAUCAUUGUCAAGGGAAACUUAAGUAAAGUUUAUGGGCAGCAUUUUAUUUGAAAAACUUAGUCAGGGAUUUCCACUGGCUAUUGUUUUAAGCUUCGCAAACCAUGGCUCAGAGCAAAUUUGACCGUGAAAAUUCUUGAAAAUAUGCUUCGUGAAACUUUUUGCUGAUUUCCCCUGACUGGUAGUGUAAUCAAGGCUUUAAUUCUCUGAUGGUAGACUACAUGUAGAGCCCCGUGGUAGAAAGAGUUGUGACUUAUCCAAUAAAUCUUGAUUAUGGAAAGCCAUUUGUGUUGUAAUUCUUCACCUAAGA